AUGAGUGCGUUGUCAGCAGCUUGUAGGGCAGGUACUUCGCCUGUAAUCAAAGAACCUCUCUCUCAAUCUCGGCAAUCCUUCAGUCCUUCCUCCGCAUUAGAAGGAGCUCUUUCUAGAGGUAAACCUCGUUUGCCUUUCUCAGUAUCCAGCCAGUCCAAUACCUCUGAUAAAGCCCAGCUCAAACCAGUCGAUCGAAGCUACAUUUCUCGAGCUCUGUCGAGGAAAGACUGGUCUUUGUUAUUAAACCACGAGCUGAGAGCCCAGAGGAUAGCCUUGAAUCCGCAGUUUGUCGUUAGCGUUCUGCAGAAUCAGGAUAACCCAUUGCUCGCUUUGAAAUUCUACAUCUGGGUUACUAGCGUCGACCCGAUUUUCAACAAGGAUCAAUCGGUUAGGACAACUUUAGCUAACUCGCUUUAUCGGAAGGGUCCCGUUCUCUUAUCAGUUGAGUUGCUUAGAGAUAUUAAGGACUCCGGGUUUCAUGUUAAUGAAGAUUUUAUCUGUAUUCUGUUCUCCAGCUGGGGAAGAUUAGGAUUAGCUAAGUAUUGCAAUGAAAUAUUUGGACAGAUUUCCUUCCUUGGUAUUAGUCCUACGACGAGGCUAUACAAUGCGGUUAUUGAUGCAUUGGUGAAGGCGAAUUCUCUUGAUCUAGCGUACCUAAAGUUCCAGCAAAUGGGUUCUGAUAACUGCAGGCCUGAUAGGUUUACUUACAACAUUCUCAUCCAUGGAGUUUCGCGAGUUGGGGUAAUGGACGAGGCAAUCCGGCUAGCCAAGCAGAUGGAGGGUUUUGGGUAUUACCCUAAUGUGUUCACCUACACAAUCUUGGUUGAUGGAUUCUGCAAUGCCAAGAGGGUUGAUGAAGCAUUCGGUGUUUUGAACACCAUGAGGGCUCGGAAUGUUCACCCUAAUGAAGCUACUAUAAGAUCGCUGGUUCAUGGAUUGUUUCGUUGCCUUCCCCCUGCCAAGGCAUUUGAACUUAUGAUCGGGUUUAUUGAGAAGGAGGCUAAGUUGAGAAACUUGGCUUCUGACACUUUGCUCUGUUGCCUAUCUGAGAACUCCAUGGCUGAAGAAGCUGGUGCGCUGUUGAGAAAGCUUAGCGAGACAGGCUAUGUACCCGAUGGUUCCACAUUUAACACCACAAUGACUUGUUUGAUAAAAGCCUUAGAUCUCAAUGAGACGUGUAAGAUUCUUGAUACAUUUAUAAAGCGAGGAAUGAAGUUAGGAUUCAACAAUUACCUAUCAUUGAUCGAAGGAUUAUACAGGGCAGGAAAGUGCCUAGAGGCUGAUAGAUAUUUUGAUCAGAUGGUGAGUAACAGGCUUCUCACAAAUGCGGUUUCCUAUAACAUGGUUAUUGAUUGCUUGUGCAAAGUCAAUAUGACAGACAAAGCAGGAAAAGCUUUUCUAGAAAUGCAGCAAAAAGGUAUUACUCCAAACCUUGUGACGUUCAACACUCUUAUAAGUGGUUAUAGCAAGAAUGGAGAGGUUAAUAAGGCAAGGAAUCUGCUGGAGAUGCUUUUAGAACGUGGAUUUAAACCCGACAUAUUCACUUUUACUUCACUAAUCGAUGGCCUUUGCCGAGCACAACGUCUCGAGGAUGCCUUUGGCUGUUUGAUGGAAAUGGUCGAUUGGGGAGUCUCUCCAAAUGCAGUUACUUACAAUAUCAUGAUACGUUCCUUGGGUGCCACUGGGGAUAUUGCUGGAUGCGUGAAAUUAGUAAAGAAGAUGAAAAUGGAUGGAAAGGGUCUCGAUGUUUCUUCUUUCAAUGCUCUCAUUCGAGAUUUUUGUAGGACGGGAAGAGUGAGGGAAGCACAGAAUCUUCUUGUUUCCAUGCUGAGGGAAGAACUGGUGCCUGAUAACCGCACUUUUGCUGCUCUUAUCAAGACACUUUGUGAAUCAGGGAGAUGUAAUGAAGCUAAGGAGAUAUUUGAAACGAUGGAAGCUAAUGGCUGUCUUCCGGAUUCUGUUACAUGUGAUUUGAUUGUGGAGAAUCUACUCCAGCAAGGCCGCUAUGAAGAAGCCAACAAUGUAGUGAAAGUCUACAGUGCAAAGGGACUAGCCGUAAAAUUCAUCAGCGUAUAG